AUGACAAUCACCUCAGAGCGAAUCAUCACUUCAUCGCGCGCGAGCGGUUCAAGUCACAGAGACUCACCAAAACCGCCACCGAAAAUCUACAAUGUCCAAGAAUACCCAUUCAAGGGUUAUCGUUCCCCUCAACCAGAUGGCUACGAGCAGAGCAGGUCAUCACCAAGUUCGAGCGCGAUCGUAAUUGAUAAUGGCUCCCACACCGUCAAAGCAGGAUGGUCAUUCGAUAAAUUCCCCCGAUUCAUGCUACCGCCCGUAAUGAGCCGAUAUCGAGAUCGGAAACUCAACAAGGCUUGUCAAUUCAUUGGCUACGAUGCGUAUGUCGAUGCCACGACACGAGGACAGUUACGAUACGCUUUCGAUCCUGGUACCAGUGUGGUCGGAAACUGGGAUGUUAUGGAGGGCGUCCUAGACUACGUCUUCUUGAAAUUGGGCGUGGACGGUUCACAGGGUUCGGUUGAUAGACCAAUUGUGAUGACGGAGCCUAUUGCGAAUUUGACGUAUCCGCGACGCAUGAUGAAUGAAAUUCUGUUCGAGUGCUACGGUGUCCCGUCCGUUGCCUACGGAAUCGAUUCGCUUUUCUCGUAUCGAUACAAUCAUGGCAAAACUGGAUUGGUCGUAUCAUCUUCGCAUACGUCAACACAUGUCAUUCCUGUUCUGAAUUCGAAAGCAUUACUAUCAAAUGCGACAAGGCUGAACUGGGGUGGAAUGCAGGCUUCGGAAUACUUGUUGAAGCUCAUGCGACUCAAAUAUCCGACAUUCCCGGCACGCAUGAUAGAGCAUCAAAUGGAGGAUCUCGUGCACAAACUCUGCUACGUCUCUACGGACUACAACGAGGAGCUUAGUCAUUUCCUGGACUGGACGGGUCUCGAAGAUCGAGAUUAUGUCGUUCAGUACCCGUUCACGGAGCACGUUGUCGUCGAAAAGACGCAAGAGGAGCUUGAUAAAAUCGCAGAACGGAAAAAGGAAAGUGGACGACGUCUACAAGAGCAAGCUGCAAAGAUGCGCUUGGAGAAAUUGAUGAAAAAGGAACAAGAGCUGGAGUACUACAAGGAUCUACAGCAGAAACUGGCUUCACAGACCAAGAAGGAGGUCAGGCGCAUAUUGGAGGCCGAGGAUAUGAAAGACGAGACACACCUUGAACGUACAAUUCGGGAUCUUGAACGGUCUAUCAAACGAUCACGAAAUAAAGACUUGGGUGUUGAUGAAACGGAGGAAAACCCUGAGGAGGCCACGUUUCCCAUGCUUGAUAUUCCGGACGAGGAACUAGACGAGGCGGGUCUAAAGGAGAAACGUCACCAGCGGUUAAUGAAGUCGAACAUGGAAGCGCGUCAACGCGCCAAAGCCGAGAAAGAGGCUGAGAAAGCCCGCAUUGAAGAAGAGCAGAGACUGGACGACGAGCGACGCGAGAAUGACUUCGAAGCGUGGAUUGGCGAAAGACGCGCUGCCCGCGACGCUUUACUCCAGAAGAUCAAGGAACGAGAACGUCUCAAAGCAGACCUUGGGAAUCGAAAAUCACUCGCUAGUCAGAUGCGUAUGAAGACACUUGCAAAUCUAGCAGCGGACGGACCUAAGAAGCGACGACGAGGCGGUGAUGACGACGACUUUGGUGCGGACGACGCUGAUUGGGGUGUGUACCGACAAGUAGCAACGGGUGAACAGAGCGACGACGAAGAGGAAGAAGACUUGGGUGUGACCCUAAAGACACUUGAGGAUCAACUACUCCAGUACGAUCCCGAUUUUACGCACGAACACACUCUAGACGCACAAUCAGAUUGGACGAAGAGUCUAGUCCACGUAUUCCUGCGUGGACCAUGGCCAUUCGACCUCGAAAGCCAACGAGAAGCGCACCAAAUCCAUUUGAACGUUGAAAGGAUCCGGGUCCCCGAAGUAGUCUUUCAGCCCUCCAUAGCGGGAGUCGACCAAGCAGGUCUCGUUGAAAUCGCAGCCGACAUUUUGAACCAACGUUUUACCGCCGAAGAAGAUCGUACGCGAUUGCUCAAAGAUGUGUUUUUGACGGGUGGAAAUACCCUUUUCAAGGGAUUCGAGGAACGGCUACGCACUGAGUUGGUGGGGGUUUUACCUACGAAUGCGCCUUUGCAUGUUAGGCGGGCUGUGGAUCCGGUGCUGGAUGCUUGGAAGGGAGCCGCACAGUGGGCGUCGACUGGGUCGGAGUUGGCCACUUGGUCGAUUUCGAGGGCGGAGUAUCAGGAGAAGGGAAGUGAAUACUUGAAGGAACAUGAUUUGGGAAAUGUCACCAACGUUUAA